GUUCAAUACUUUUCUGUCUCCAUAAAUAUGCUAUUAAAGGCUGUGAGACAAGUAAUAUUAUUAAGGAAUAGUUAAAGCGGUUGAAAACAUAAGGAGAGUAAGUUAUUGUACGUUGGUCAUGUUGAAGACAAGUAUAAUACCGCUGAUGGGCAUCUCUCUAGUCUAGUCUAAGCUUGGACGACGCAGCGAAGGUAUAGAAUUAUAUGGAUGAGUCCCCACCACGGGAAACUUCCUACUACAUUUACAAACUACUACUACAUUAUAUGGAGUAUAUAAACUGGCUAUCAAGUAAUUAAUACCAACUCCUACCAUAAAUCUUCAACUAAUUCCUUGCAAAAUAUUCAAGUGCCAACUAUUUGUACGAUCUUUCAAGUUUCAACCAUAAUCAAUUAUUUUCCAUUGCAUUCUUCUGCUCCCCUCUAUAUAUAGACAUAUACAAUAACAUUCCAUUUUUUCAUUCAAUUCUAAAGCUUAAUUCAAACACCAAAUAAGAUUAAUUUAUCUUCUGCAUACACUAUUUUUUUUUCAUUCCAUUUAAUUUAUUCUUUCAUUCGAUUUAAUAAGUUAAUUUUUAGGAAAAUAAAUCAAAUAUUCUUUGUCAUAAAUAAUGGUGAAGGAAGUGUUAUCAAAAAUGGCAGCAGGAAAUGGGCAUGGUGAAGAAUCAGCCUAUUUUGAUGGGUGGAAAGCUUAUGAAAAUAACCCUUUUCACCCUGUCAAUAAUCCUCGAGGUGUUAUUCAGAUGGGUCUUGCUGAAAAUCAGCUUUGCUUCGAUUUGGUGAAAGACUGGAUUAUGAAAAACCCAGAAGCUUCCAUCUGUACUGUUGAAGGAGUUGAUUCCUUCAAAGAUAUUGCCAUCUUUCAGGAUUACCAUGGUUUACCACAGUUUAGAAAUGCAGUAGCAAAAUUGAUGGAGAAAGUGAGGGGCAAUAAGGUGAGAUUUGAGCCAGAUAGAAUAGUUAUGAGUGGAGGAGCAACUGGAGCCCAUGAAAUGAUGGUAUUUUGCUUGGCCAACCCUGGUGAAGCCUUCCUGGUUCCUACACCUUACUAUCCUGCAUUUGAUAGAGAUUUGAGGUGGAGAACAGGGGUACAACUUAUACCAGUUGAAUGUCACAGCUCAAACAACUUCAAAGUAACAAAAUUAGCCUUAGAAAAGGCAUAUAGAAAAGCUCAAGAAGACAACAUUAUAGUCAAAGGUUUAAUUAUAACCAACCCAUCAAACCCAUUAGGCACUGUCCUAGACAGGGUAACCUUAAAAAACAUCUUAGCUUUUACAACUGAUAAAAAUAUCCAUUUAGUAUGUGAUGAGAUUUAUGGGGCAACUGUAUUUGGUUAUCCUAACUUUGUUAGCAUAGCCGAGAUACUAUUAGACCAAAAACACAACCCGGAUCUCAUACACAUCGUGUAUAGCCUCUCGAAAGACUUAGGUUUCCCUGGCUUUCGAGUGGGGAUCGUGUACUCUUAUAACGAUGAUGUUGUAAGUUGUGCAAGAAAAAUGUCGAGUUUUGGCCUUGUUUCUACCCAAACACAGACUCUUGUUGCUUCCAUGCUGUCAGAUGAUGAGUUUAUGGACAAAUUCUUGACUGAGAGUAGUAAAAGACUCGAAAUUCGACACAAUAUGUUCACUUGGGGACUUAACCAAGUUGGAAUUCAAUGCUUGAAAAGCAAUGCAGGACUGUUUGUGUGGAUGGAUUUGAGGCAACUUAUUGAGGAGAAUCCAACCGAAGAAGGAGAGCUCGCGUUGUGGCGAGUGAUUAUUAAUGAGGUGAAGAUAAAUGUAUCGCCAGGUUGUUCAUUUCAUUGUAAGGAAGCAGGAUGGUUCAGAGUAUGUAUUGCUAACAUGGAUGAUGAAACAAUGCAAGUUGCUUUAAGAAGGAUUAGAAAAUUUGCUGCACAAAAGGUGGUAAAGCCUGUUGUUACACCUGCAAAGAGGAAAUGUUGGCAUCAAAACAAUCUUCAGCUAAGGUUAUCAAAUAGAAGAUUGGAUGAUUUAAUGGGGGUUUCCCAAAUUGGAUCUCCUCAUUCUCCAUUGCCUCAAUCACCUCUUGUUCGAGCUCAAUAUUAGAGUUUUUUCCUCGUAUUGUGAUGCCUCAAAUAGAAGUAAUUAAAUUAUUGCGAUGUCGUAUCUAAUCGGUAUAAAUUUUUAAUUUUUUGAAAAUAAAAUAAAUAGAAGUAAAUUAAGUGUAUCAAUCAAUUAAAUUAGAUGUUUUUAGUGUUAAUAAAAAUUCCUCGAUAUUUAAACUUUAAAGAAUUUGUACGUAAACUAUAGUGUUUUUGAUGAUAUGUAUAAUUGCAUAUUAUUGUUUGUUGACAAAUUCAAUUAUGAGAAAUAAAUAACACUUU